AAAUCCUGAGACUUAUGUUUCUCGUGUAGCAUGCAGAUUCUCUCAGUUCUCGCGCUCCUUCAAUUUGUGCCUUUCGUUCUCUGUUUAACUUUGGAUGAUUUAUUUCCGUUUGGAAGCGAGAAUGGAGACACUACCAUGGACAAGAAUGACGAUGGGAGCACUUCAGAUAUUGUUAUCUCCACUUUAUUCCCAUUCUUUAAUCACCAACACUCCAAACUAAUAGUCAAUACAAACGGGGUGAUUUCAUUCUUACAAAGGAUAUCGAUAUUCACACCCGACCCUUUUCCUGUUGAAAAUAACGCAAGGAUGAUCGCUCCGUUCUGGGCUGAUGUGGACACAACGAGAGGAGGAACAGUUUGGUACAGAGAGACAACAGACGAUGACCUACUGAACAGGGCCAGCGAGGAGGUCCGGACGUAUUUUCCACAGUUUUACAGAUUCAAGGCAUCGUGGUUAUUUGUGGCCACUUGGGAUCGUGUUUCAUUUUACGGUUGUACGUUGUCGUCUUGUUCGAAGACAAACACAUUUCAAGUCCUUUUGAUAACGAAUGGGCAGCACUCGUUCACCAUAUAUAAUUACGAAGACAUACAAUGGACAACUGGAACAUCAAGUGGUGGCGAUUCUAAUACUGGUUUAGGGGGAACUCCCGCUCAGGUUGGAUUUAAUGCUGGAGAUGGCAUUGUAUUUUUCACGGUAAAUGCGUCACGAACUCUCGAAAUCAUUGAUGUGAUAAAAAUGUCGAAUAUUGAUAUACCGGGAAAAUUUGCGUUCCGGAUAGACGCCAGUGACAUCACAGAUGGAGGCUGUAACACUGAAGGAGAUCUGACCGUUACUCCACGAUAUGGUCCAAUGUUAGGAGGCCAGUAUUUGGUACUCGGGGGACCAUGUAUUGAAGCCACCGCAACAGUAAAAGUUAACUUUGAAGGGUUAACACAAAAAUACACUUGUGAAAGAAAAACUGAAUUCAGUGUGGUCUGUAUCACGCCUUUAUUCAGUAACACUGGUGAUGUUCCCAUAAAAGUAGAAAUUGAACACCGGGGAAUUACGAGAACAUUUGGAGGUCUCUACACGGUUUUAAAUCCAGCUGACAGUAAACAUCGAGUCUACAGACAUGAAUCUGAUGAGUGGUUCACAGGACAACAGUACAUCUCGUGGGACCCGGAUGCUGCAGAACUGCAGGACAAUGAUACUGUUGAUAUCCAUCUAUUUUCAUUAGCAGAAGGAAGUGAUUUACAAUUAUCAUGGAACAGUGAGAUUAUCCUUCGCGGAGUUCCACGUUCGUCCGGAUCAGCAGAUAUCUCACUGGAGACAAACAGCUUUGCUUUAGCCAUAAGAGUGACAUCUCCAACCAGAAAAAAUAACCAGGCCAUCAGAGGAAUUUGGUCCGACAUAUUUCCUUUAGCCUUACCAAUGAGUCAAGCUUACGAGUUCUGCAAGAAUUGGUUAAAUAGAGAGAGACAGUUACCGCCCCUGCCAGCAGAGGAAGUUCAGCCUUGUCCGUGUACUUUGGAUCAGGCGCUUUUAGAUAUUGUUCGAUUUCAACCCGAUCCAGAUUGCAAUAAGUUCAGCAAAACUUCUUCAUUUUCCCGAACGGGUAACUGUUUGUACAGAAGAGAGGCGCGCCACUGUAUUCGAUUAGUCAAUAAAGGACCUCAAGGAGUGGGCAAUUUAUGUUGUUACGACAAGGAUGAUAAUCUGAUUGAUUCUAGAGACCGACAGGGCGGAUCUCUUCAGAGAUAUCACUACAGUGGUGGAAGUGGAGUCCUACCCUACCUCGCAAAUUUCUACUUUGAUGUUCUUCCAUUCCUUCACUGUUGUCGAUAUUCUCAGAAUGUGCCCAAGGUUACAGAAAGAGAACAUUCCACUGUUACAAAUACCUGUCCCGCUUUUUUCAUCCGCAGGAAAUAUAGUUCGUGUGUGAAUUAUAAUCCCCCACGGCCCGCUCGAACAAAUGGAGAUCCUCAUAUAACUACUCUAGAUGGAUUUAGAUACACAUUCAAUGGGGUUGGAGAGUUUACGUUCGUGAAAACAUUAACGGGUUCUUUCCAAAGUCAAAUUCGGUUUGAACAAUUUCGAAAAGUUAAUGGUGACUUGGUGGAUGCAAGUGUCUGCACAUCCUUUGUGUCUCAAAGUCCAAACACUUCCGCUGUUGUUGAAGUUCGUCUUAACUCGAUCAGAACUGCAGACGUUUUAGUUAAUGGUGACGUGAUAGAUUUCGAAGAGUCCAAUGUCUAUCAAUUUCAAGGUGCAUCGGUGAUGCAAGUCAACACUGAUGUAAACAAAAAGGAGUUUAUUGUGUCUUUUACGGCCAUUGGAAUUGCAUUCAAAGCUGUUGCGAGUUUGAAUGUCCUCAACAUACUUCCAGUGAUUGGAAAUCAUUCUCUGGCUGGAACUUUACGAGGUCUCCUGGGUGAUUUUGAUGAAGACCCAAACAAUGAUCUACGAUCCCCAACUGGGGAGAUGUUGCUACCAAACUCAACUACAGAGGAAAUCUACGACAAAUUUGGAUUACCAUGGAGAAUCACAGAGAAUGUUUCUCUAUUCACGUACGGAGUUGGAAAGUCCUACAAUGACUAUCAAAAGCAUUCCUUUCGUCCGGCCUUCACACCUCCAGCAAAUGUUCCCCCGGAAGUUGCGGAAAUGUGUGGAGGUGACGAGGAAUGCGUGUUCGAUUAUGCUGUGACAGGAUCAGCGGAACUGGCAGCCGAAACUCGGCAGUUUACUGUUAUAUUCGUCACUUCGUUGGAAGCUUCGUAUCAAACAAAGAUUUGUGAAGAUCUACCCACAGUUCACGGAGGUGUUUGGAAUGCAACAAGCACGAUAGAAGGAUCCAGUGCCACGUUUUCUUGUUAUCCUGGUUACGAGAUGGAAGGAGCAAGUAAUAUCAUUACAUGUGAAAAUGGAACUUGGAGUGACUUUGGGAAUUUUUCCUGCGAUUUACCUGUUAUUGGUUUUACAUCGGACUUGAAUUCCACUACUGAAAGCACUACUGAACGCUCUCCAAAAGAAAAUAUCAAAUAUAUCAUCAUUGGCGGAGUCUUUGGUGUUCUCUGUGCCGUUUUCGUAGCAGUUUUGUAUCUACAGACAAUCUUCAAAUGAUUCAAAAGAAAGAAAAUCAGGGGGCCUUCACAAUGACGGGUCUCGACAGUAUUGCAUCUUCUCGGCGAAAUUUAGUUCCAGACAGAGUUACGACUCAUCCUUUUUAAAGUCAGAAAACUAUCAAUUUGGAAAAUUAUACAGUCAAAAUAUGUGAUAGAAAGUUGAAUAGUUUUCAUUCAGUGAAUUUGACAUGGUGUAUGAUUGCAUGCAUUUCCUCACAAAAUAUGAACGUGCAUUUCAGAAUUUAUACCAUUGUUUAUUCUUUUAAAUACAUACGUAGUGGCAUUUGUCGAGAAUUCAAAAGCUUCAAACUGGAAUAAUUUUACAAGUAUUUUUAAUUCUUCAGAAUUAUAUUUUCUUUACCAAUGGGAAAUGAACAGUUUGUUUCAACGUUUCUUCCUAACCUGCUCCAGCCUGAGAAAAAUUACCGUGCAUUUCAAAUAAACUGAUUUAAUUGUUUUUUCAUCAAUCAAAAAUUACAAGUCCUGUAUAAGGAUAGAAGAAUACUGAUAUGGUGUGCACUGUAUAUGAUAUGCACAAGGCCACAUACGGAAGCUGAAGGCAUAGAAGUAACAAUUCAUUACUUGUUAUAUCUCAUUAACGUUUAAUUCUUAUUAUAUGUACUGUUAUUGAUACACUUCUGCUUAUUUUUAUUCGAUGUUUGGAACUCCUUUAUCUCCUUGUAUCCUUAUAUAUUUGUAUCCUAUUCGAUCCAUGGGAUUGGUCGUAAAUCAUAUCGAUAUAGAAAUGGAAUAAUUGUGAUUUGCGGCAGGUAAAGAACAGUGCGUAUUUGCUUGUCAUAAAGACAAUUAUUACUCUUUUCCUCUAAAUCUCUCACCUGUAUUUUCUAUUUGACGAAAUAAUUAGAUAAGGAAUAAAAUUCAAACCUACUGCUGAAGACAAAGCAAAAUUCUUCGAAAGAAAAUUUAUAUUGAUAUAAAAUGGUUUUUGUUAUACAUUUAAUAACCGUAUAAAUCUUGUAUUUUAGUAUUUUUUGUAUUAUUCUAGUUUUGCAUGUGCAUAUGCAACCUAUUGGUGCAUAUAUUGCCUCUGUCAAUCAUACGCUUGAUCUUGUGUGUGUUUGCAUCUUGAUUGUAAAUAAAGAAUCUGAUCUGUACAAAAGGUGA